UCCCAGGAGCACCCCGCCAUGGACCCAUCAUCGCAGCAGAGCCAAGACGCCCAGCCGCCGCCAGCAGAACCGACGCCGCUGAUGUCCUACCGCUGGCACACAGGGGAGAGGGGUGCUGGGAGCUCUCGCUGGGCCCGCCUGGCAGGCUGGGGAAGGGCACUAAGCCACCAGGAGCCCAUGGUUAGCAGCCAGCCAGCCCCUCGCUCCCUGUUCCGCCGGGUCCUUUCUGCACCCCCCAAAGAGUCCCGGACCAGUCGACUCCGGCUCUCCAAGACCUUAUGGGGAAAACAGAAGAACCCGCCGCAGCCGCCACCGCUGGAGCAGGCGCCCGAGCCAGACACCCCUGAGCCGGAGUCCACCACCCCUCAGAUUCCUGAGGCACCCACACCCGAUGUACCUGUCUGGGACAUUGGCAACUUCACUCUGCUGGAUGGAAGGCUGGUGCUGCUUGGAGGGGAGGAGGAGAUUCCUCGCCGGUCCCGCGUGGGGAGCGCCAGCUCCGAAGGCAGCAUACAAGCCGCCAUGGGCAACUUCAAGGAUCUGGAUCGGAGCCUGGGAAAGACCGAGCCAGAGUCUGCCAAUACCAACCAAGUCCACAAUGUGCGGGGGCUGCUCAAGAGGCUGAAGGAGAAGAAAAAGGCCCGAUCGGAGGCAGGACCCGGUUCCUCUCGGGAUGGGCCCUCCAGGUCCCCCAGUGCUCUGGGCUCUAGGGAAUCCCUGGCCACACUCUCCGAGCUGGACCUGGGCGUCGAGCGGGACGUGCGAGUGUGGCCACUGCAUCCCAGCCUCCUGGGGGAGCCCCACUGUUUCCAGGUCACAUGGGCAGGCGGCAGCCGCUGCUUCGCGUGUCGUUCCGCCGCACAGAGAGACCGCUGGAUCCAGGACCUUCGUCGGCAGUUCCAGCCCAGUCAGGACAACGUGGAGCGAGAAGAGACGUGGCUGAGCGUGUGGGUGCACGAGGCGAAGGGGCUGCCCCGGACGCCAGCGGCGACAGCGCCUCCAGGAGUGCGCGCCGAGCUGUGGUUGGACGGCGCCCUGCUGGCACGCACGGCGCCGCGGCCAGGACCAGGUCCGCUCUUCUGGGCCGAACGCUUCCACUUCGAGGCGCUGCCCCCCGCGCGUCGCCUGUCGCUGCGACUGCGCGGCUCGGGCUCGGGAGCCGCGGCUCUGGGCAGAGUGGCACUGGCGUUGGAGGAGCUGGGUGGACCAGGCGCACCAGCCGCCGGUCUGGAGCGCUGGUUCCCACUGCUCGGGGCACCGACCGGCGCGGCGCUUCGGGCACGGAUCCGCGCGCGACGCCUGCGGGUGCUGCCGUCGGAGCGCUACAAGGAACUGGCGGAGUUUCUCACUUUCCAUUACGAGCGGCUCUGCGGGGCGCUGGAAGCCACGCUGCCCGCUCAGGCCAAGGAGGAGCUGGCAGCCGCCAUGGUGCGCGUGCUUCAAGCCACCGGCCGGGCGCAGGCUUUGGUGACAGAUCUGGGCACAGCGGAGCUGAUUCGCUGCGGGGGCCGUGAGGCGCUGUUGUUCCGUGAAAACACAUUAGCCACCAAGGCCAUCGAUGAAUAUAUGAAGCUAGUAGCCCAAGAUUAUCUCCAGGAGACCCUGGGACAGGUCGUGCAGCGCCUCUGUACUUCCACGGAAGACUACGAGGUGGACCCGAGCAAGUGUCCUGCCCCAGAGCUGCCCGAGCGCCAGGCCAGGCUUCGGAACAGCUGUGAGGAGGUCUUCCAAGCCAUCGUACACUCCUACGACUGGUUCCCAGCAGAGCUGGCCACCGUGUUCUCCAGCUGGCGAGAAGCAUGCAAAACCCGCGGCUCCGAGGAGCUGGGCCCCCGCCUGGUGUGUGCGUCAUUGUUCUUAAGGCUCCUGUGCCCUGCCAUCCUGGCACCCAGCCUCUUUGGCCUGGCACCGGAACAUCCGGCCCCCUGCCCAGCCCGCACCCUCACGCUGAUUGCCAAAGUCAUCCAGAACCUCGCCAACUGUGCCCCGUUUGGUGAGAAGGAGGCCUACAUGGGCUUCAUGAACACUUUCCUGGAGCACCACAGUCCAGCCAUGCAACGCUUCCUGGACCAAGUGGCCAUGGUGGAUACAGACGCAGCCCCCGGCGGCUAUCAAAGCAGCGGUGACCUGGCGCUCCAGCUGGCUGUCCUGCACGCCCAGCUCUGUACCAUCUUUGCUGAGCUGGACCAGGCCACCUGUGACAGCCUGGAACCCCUACCCACCAUCCUGCGGGCCAUCGAGGAGGGCCGGCCCGUUCCUGUGUCUGUACCGAUGUGUCUGCCACCGCCCCCUGGCCAGAUCCACUCUAGUCUGUCCGCAGGGGAGAAGCCCGGCUUCGUGGCACCCCGAGACCUUCCAAAGCACACCCCGCUCAUCUCCAAGAGCCAGUCCCUGCGCAGCUUCCAGGGCGCCGGGAGCUGGACCCGGCAGCGACCAGAGGAGGACCGAGGAGGCCCACGGAAGCCGCGGACCGUGCAACGCACGCAGAGCGUCCCUGCCCGGCGCCCCGCACGCCGCCGCCUGUCUGUGGGGCCCCGGGUGCGCCCCAAGGACUCCCUGCGCUCUUGCGCUGCGCCCCGAGGACGCCCCUGGACCGGAGCGUCCGCCUCGCUGCCGCGGAAGUCGUCGGUGCCCUGGCAGCGCCAGCUGGACCAGCCGCGGGAUCGAGACCAGACACAGAGCAUGCAGCGACCCCUGGGCAAGCUGGCGGAGCUGCAGGGUGAGGUGGCAGCGCUGCGCGAAGAGCAGAAAGCCCUGUCCCGCCUCGUGGAGUCCCUGAGCACCCACAUUCGGGCGCUCACCGAGCAGCAGCAGCAGCUGAGGAGCCAACUGCAAGACCUCAACUUCAAGCUGCGCGCAGGCAGGAACUCAGAGUUGGACCCAGGGCACGAGCUUCCGAGCAGAGAGGGCCACAGGCUGAAAAGUGUGGAGCACCGCCUGACUGAGAUGGAAACCCUCCAGGCCCAGAUGGGGGCCGCCAUCCAGACCCUGCAGCACUCCAGGACGCCCGGCCAGCCCCUGCCCCUCAAAGUGCCCUGCCUCAAUGGAGACACCACUUGAGACAGGCAUGCAUCAGAGAGGGGGAUGCGGCUAUCCCUGCUGACCGCCCUGGCCCCGUGCGGCCACCCAAUA